AACUUCAUCAUAAACACCUUGCAGCGUCUUAUUAACAAUAUUAGUAAUAAUAUCCUUUUCCACAGAGACCGACGGAAUGAUGAUGUAUGAAUGAUGUGUCUAUGAAUGUGCGGUGCUAUAUUCUGGCCUAGUUAACUAUAACAGACGUCGGCUGUGGCGUCGGGAUCAAGAGCACCCCGUCGUCUGCUCCUCUCAGCCUCUACACAACAAGCGGUGAUGGCGGCACGUGUGUUGAACCUCGGCUGCCUCUCCAGGGUCGUCCUCCGCAGCCAACAUGUCAGGCUACCAAUGAGGACACUAGCAGCACUCACCUCCACCCCCAGGGCACUCCAGAAUGAGCGAGCUGUGGGUGUGAGUUGGCUAUACCGAAGCCUGCACACCUCCCCUCGCUGGGCCCAGGAGGCGGCCAAGACCAGCGGAGACCCACAGAGUUAUGAGUUCCAGGCUGAGACUCGCAUGCUGCUGGACAUUGUAGCCAAAUCACUCUACUCAGAGAAGGAAGUUUUCAUCCGUGAGCUGAUCUCCAAUGCAUCAGAUGCCAUUGAGAAGGCCCGUUACUUGGCCCUGCAAGGCACACAGAUGGACUCUUCCGAGGCAGACAUGAAGAUCCACAUCACCACUGACAAGUAUGAUAAGACGUUCACCAUUCAAGACUCAGGUCUGGGCAUGACAAAGGAGGAACUCAUUGAGAACCUUGGCACCAUUGCUCGCUCUGGCUCAAAGAUGUUCAUCAAGGAGCUACAGGAGGCGGGCACCACAGACCCACAGAGUAUCAUUGGCCAGUUCGGUGUGGGCUUUUACUCAGCCUUCAUGGUGGCAGAGAAGGUAGAGGUGUAUUCUCGCUCCCGCCUCCCUAACAGUGUGGGCUUCUGCUGGUCCUCUGAUGGGUGUGGAAAGUACACCAUUGAGGAGUGUGAGGGAGUGGAGCCUGGGACCAAGAUUGUGUGCCAUCUCAAAAUUGCAGACAGGGAGUAUGCUGAUGAGCAGACGGUCAAAGAUGUGAUCAAGAAGUACAGCAGCUUCAUCAGUGCACCCAUCGAGGUGAAUGGAGAGCAGGCCAACAACAUCCAGCCGCUGUGGUUGAUGGACCCGAAGGAGGUGUCCCCAGAGCAGCACGACGAGUUUUAUCGCUUUGUUGGUUCGGCGUAUGACAAACCCCGCUUUGUCCUCCACUACCGCACUGAUGCCCCUAUUGACCUCCGCUGUGUGCUCUAUGUGCCAGAGGGAAAGCCAGGUCUGUUUGAUCUGAACCGUGACAGGGACAGCUCAGUCUCCCUCUACUGUCGCCGUGUCCUCAUCAUGAACAAGGCUGAGAACGUCCUCCCUAAGUGGCUCCGAUUCAUGAAAGGUGUUGUUGACAGUGAAGACAUUCCCCUCAACCUUAGUCGAGAGUUGCUGCAAGACUCAGCUCUCAUUCGCAAGCUUCGCACUGUCAUCCAGAACAGAGUCAUCCGGUUCCUCUUCGACAAGUCACGCAAGGACACUGAAAAUUACAAUAAGUUCUUUACAGAUUAUGGAAUCUUCAUCAAGGAAGGUAUUCUGUCAGCACAGGAGCAGGUGGAGAAGGAGGAGAUGGCCAAGCUGCUAAUGUAUGACUCCUCUGCCAAGCCUGUCGGAGAGAAGGUCACGCUGCCUGAGUACAUCAGCCGGAUGCAGGAUGAUCAGAAGGACAUCUACUAUCUGGCAACACCCUCCAGGGAGCUGGCGGAGUCCUCGCCGUACUUUGAGGCUCUCAAGAAGAAGAAUGUGGAGGUGCUGUUCUGCUAUGAGCCUUAUGAUGAGGUGGUGCUGAUGCAGCUCAGGGAGUUCACUGACAGAAAGAUUAUCUCUGUUGAGAAGCAGAUGCGCCAAAGCAAAGAAUCUGUGGACUUUGACACAAGCGAAGGCAGUCUGAGGCGCUCUGAGGCCAAUGAGCUGAUGGACUGGCUGAAGACUGUGUUGGCAGGGCGGUGUUGGUCAGUGAAGGCCACCCCCAGUCUGGAGUCUCACCCAUGUGUGGUCACAGUGGAGGAGAUGGGAGCCGCACGACACUUUGUACGCACCCAGUUCUCACAGAUCCCGGAGGAGAACCGCUAUUCCCUCCUGCAGCCACAGCUUGAGAUCAAUCCAAGCCACCCCAUUAUCACGAAGCUGAAUGCCCUGCGGACCAGCAACCCUCGGCUGGCUGAGCUCACCGCUAAACAGCUGUUCAGCAAUGCCAUGGUGGUGGCUGGCCUGGUGGAGGACCCCCGCACCGUGCUCACUACCAUGAAUGAGUUGCUGCAGCUGGCGCUGGAGAAACACUGAAGUGUGACUGUCCAGGGUUUGAGACAACAAUUGAAGAUAAGCAAACGAGACUUGCUGACUGCAAGGACCUACAGCUGGAUGUGUUGCCAUGCAGUUUAUGUCCAUAGUAGAAAUAGUAGAUUAGUGAAUAAUGUCAUAGAGGAAGCAUAUGACCUCUUCACCUCCAAGCAGGUUGAGGUGUGCACAUUAUUCCAUGGAGUGGAAAGGUUUUAAAUACUCUAUUAAUAAACAAACUCCAUUAAAGCAGUAUAUGGAGAAAUGUGGUGUAGUGAAGGUAGAAAAUAUUUUGGGAAAAGUUACCAUGGUGAGCAAAAAUGUAUGAAAGACUGAAUACAAUAAGUUUUUGUCUAGAAGAAAAAAUGGAAAGAUGCAAUGAGAAGCAAAACAAAAACCAAGAGGCAUUGUUGUAGAGUUGAAACAAGAAAUUAUACAAGUGCAGUGAAUAAGAGUAUGAAGUGGAAAAGAAAAUGGCAAUUAGAAUGAGACUGGGAUAUAUAUAUAUAUAUAUAUAUAUAUAUAUAUAUAUAUAUAUAUAUAUAUAUAUAUAUAUAUAUAUAUAUAUAUAUAUAUAUAUAUAUAUAUAUGAAAAGGAUUGAGCUCGGAGAAGAAAAGAUGCAGUAGGUGAUGCAUCAGCCAUGGACGUGACUUGUCUUUGUGUGGGGAUUGAGGUGUGGCUGAGGGUGCUUACUGUAGUUACAGAUAUUUGGAGUGUGUGUGUGUGUGUGUGUGUGUGUGUGUGUGUGUGUGUGUGUGUGUGUGUGUGUGUGUGUGUAUGUAUAUAUAUAUAUAUAUAUAUAUAUAUAUAUAUAUAUAUAUAUAUAUAUAUAUAUAUAUAUAUAUAUAUAUAUAUAUAUAUAUAUAUGUUAACAUUUUUGCUCCCCGCAUUUCCAUCUGUGUGAUAUAGGCAACAAAGGAUGGAUUGGGCAUUGAAUUCAAUUUACAUCUGAUUUUUUAUUAUUAUUUUGUAAAUGUUGGAAUUCUUUAUAAUGAAUGUAAAUAAGUAUUCUUGUUGGUAUGUAUGUUCCUAGCACCUGAGAACUGGUAGUUAUAACAACCUUGACACCAAGAUAUUGAUGUAAAGAGUUAAACCACAAGAGAGGAGGAGUGAGUGUGGAACCCAGUACAGGAUGCUCAGGGUUCAUGACUCUUUAAGCCACAACAAUGGUAGUGGUCCUGACAAUGUAUGGUUGAUCUUAACUGUCCCUCAGUGCAACAGUACUGAGCUCAUGGCUAAGAGGCUGUUAGUUCCUCUUGGGUCACAGACAUUUGUUGGUAAGACGAGUAACACUAUAGACUCUUUGAUCUUGAUUGCCCAGCCACUAUACAGCUACCUCCAUUCAUCUGACUGGCUUUUUAAUGGAGAGGAUAGAGGCCUGAGGAAUUUUAUUAUUUCUCAAUAAUAAAACAUGACUUUAACAAUACAGGUUAUACAUUUUCUCAUAAUGAAAAAGGGAGAGAAGUCGGUGUUAGAAACCAUAACUGAUAGGACUAGGAAUGAUAGAAGACUAGGUUGUACAGGAGAAACAUAAAGACUUUGUUCUCCACCUUUAGUCCUUGCCUUUACUUCAGUAAAUUCAGAAUAGAUUUAACUCAACUAAUUGGAAGUGAAAGUACAGAUACACAGACAUCUAAAAAGCUGAGGAGUCUCUGAAAUGGAAUGAAAGAUGACACAGAAAUUGGAAGAGAUGAAGCAAGAAAGAAAGGGAUGACUGUUGAAGUGGACAAAGAACUUAUUUCAAGAACAUUCAUGACCACUACUAGAAAAAAAAUUAACCUAUAAUAGAAAUAUGACUCUCUCUCUCUCUCUCUCUCUCUCUCUCUCUCUCUCUCUCUCUCUCUCUCUCUCUCUCUCUC